AUAUCACAGCCUACCUCAUUCUCAUAUGUAUUCUUCUUCUUCUUAUUACUGAAGUCCCAUUUUCAUAGUAUCAUCCUAGUGUUAGGAAACUUGGUCCCUUAAGACAUGGGAUUUGCACUCAAAAACCAAGUCUUUCUUCUUUGUGUCAUGGUACUCUUGCUUGCAGUACUGUGUUACUCUCAAGACACUUUUACCCACUCAAGAGCAACCUAUUAUGGUAGCCCUGAUUGCUAUGGGACCGCAAGUGGAGCUUGUGGCUUUCGCGAGUUUGGAAGGACUGUCAAUGAUGGCAACGUGGCUGGAGUGUCAAAGCUGUUUAGGAAUGGAACUGGUUGUGGUACAUGCUAUCAGGUUAGGUGCACAACACCAGAAGUUUGCGCUGAUGAAGGGGUGAACAUAGUGGUGACUGACCAUGGUGAAGGAGACAGAACUGACUUCAUCCUCAGCCCAAGAGCCUAUUCAAAGUUGGCACGUCCCAACGAUGUUUCGAAGUUGUUUUCUUACGGUGUGGUUGAAAUAGAAUACCGAAGAAUCUCAUGCAAAUACUCUGGUUACAACCUCAUGUUUAAGGUCCAUGAGAAUAGCAAGUAUCCUCACUACCUAUCUAUAGUUUUACUAUACGUUGCUGGACAAAACGACAUCACCGCCGUUGAAUUGUGGCAUGAUAAUUGGCAGCAAUGGAGGGCCAUGCGCAGGGCCUAUGGGGCAGUGUGGGAUAUGGUUAACAUGCCAAGAGGUUCAGUCAAAUUGAGGUUCCAAGUGAGUUGCAACUAUGGUACAACGUGGGUUCAGUCGAAAAAUGUUCUGCCUAGUAAUUGGAAGGCUGGGGUUGCUUAUGACUCGCUCAUUCAGCUCUAUUGAAGCUCUCUUUUUUUAAUUCCAAAGUGUGAUAAGUAAUGGAGCAGUUUGAUAAUGACUUCUUUUUAGUAACUAUGGUACGGUAUUGUACGCUUUCUCAGCACAAGUGCUAGCUCUUAAUUUGCGUUGCUCAAUAAAUAAUAGGAUGGUUGUUCAUUAGAUUCCAACAUUAGUAUAUGUUUGGAACAGUUUGUUAAUCAUUUCCUUUUAGUUACAAGUCUAGGGAUUGUACUAUAUGCUUUGUCAGCACAAGUGCUCUAUGUAUUGCUAUGGACUAGUCAUAAAAUAAAAAUGAAGCUU